UUCCUGACCUCCAGACCGAACAGCGUCCACCGUGCCGCGCUCCACCUCCGGUGCGCUGGGCCCGAGGCGCCGCCGCCGUCGCUGCCGCGCAAUGCAGCAGCCCAACUUUCAGGGCGCCCUCCUUCCUCAUGCUCCCUCGUUGCUUGCCAGCCACAAAGCAGUGAAAGGCAGGCUUCGCACAUGCCCGGCGGCGGCCCUCCUCUGGCCCCGUUCCUGGUCGCAUCCCUCAAGCGCUCCGCGCGCCUUCACUGCGGCGAGCAGCUUCAGGCGCUCGCCGCCAAGUCGGGCCUCCUCGCCUCCAACGCCUUUGUCCGCAACUCCGUCCUCGCCUUCUACGCCCGCCUCCCGUCCUCCCUGGCCAGCGCUCACCAGCUGUUCGACGAAACGCCCCCGCCGCUCCGCGACGCCGCCGCGAGGAACACCCUCCUCGCGGCGCUGGCCCGGGCGGGGCACCUCGAACGCGCGCAGCGCCUGCUCGAGGAUAUGCCGCAUAGCCACAGGGACACCAUCUCGUACACUAUGGUCGUCACUGCGCUCGCUCGGGUGGGACACGCUGGGCGGGCUGUGGCCGUUUUCCGCUGCAUGCUUGCUGAGGAUGUUGUCCCCAAUGAGGUGACCCUCGCUGGCGUGGUCACGGCAUUUGCUCGCCAUGGGGCACCGAUGACAGUGGCGGUGGCUCAUGGGGUUGCUCUGCGGCGGGGGCUGGAUGAGUUUGUCAUUUUAGCCACCAACCUGGUUCAUGCCUAUGCAGUGGUGUCAGAUCUUUGUUAUGCCCGUGCUGUGUUCGAUCGGAUGCCGGAUAGGACCACAGUCACUUGGAAUGCAAUGCUCAAUGGAUAUGUGAAGGCAGGGAUGAUGAAAAUGGCUGCGGAGGUGUUCUGGAGAAUCCCAGAGCGUGAUGAGGUAUCUUGGUUGACGAUGAUUGAUGGUUAUAUCCGUGCAGAUCUCAUAUCGGAUGCACUGAAUGCAUAUGUUCAUAUGGUGCAUGAGGUAGAUGCGAAUGGCAAUGAGACACUGCUUGUUGAUUUGGUGAAGGCAUGUGCUCGGUACUCUCUUGUCGCAGAAGGCCAGCAACUGCACAGCGUUACUCUGAAGAACGGUUUUGAUGCUCAUGCAUUUAUGCAAGCGACCCUGAUCCAUUUCUAUGGGUGCAGUGGUCUUAUUGGCCUUGCCCAGAUGCAAUUCAGAUUGUCAGACAAGUCACACAUAGCAUCUUGGAAUGCUCUUUUGGCUGGUCUAGUGAGAAGGGACCUAAUGCAAGAAGCACAACAGCUGUUUGAUGACAUGCCUGAGAGGGACACCAUUUCGUGGAGUACUUUGAUAUCUGGAUAUGUACUGAAUGGAUGUUCAGACUUGGCUCUGCAGCUCUUUUUUUCGAUGCUGAAUGCUGGUGUUGAUCCAAAUGAAAUCACACUAGCGAGUGCUUUAUCAGCAGUUUCAGAAUCUGGCACAUUGGAUCAAGGUAGAUGGAUCCAUGACUAUAUAAUCAACAGAUCAAUCAGGGUUACUGACAACCUGAAUGCUGGUCUGAUCGAUAUGUACGCCAAGUGUGGAAGCAUUGCUGAUGCAGUGCAGUUAUUCAAUCAUGCCAGUGAUAAGUUGUCUUCAAUUUCUCCCUGGAAUGCUAUGAUCUGUAGUUUAGCUGUCCAUGGUUAUGCACACAUGUCGCUUGACCUGUUUUCGCAAUUACGGAGGACUGGCAUUAAACCCAACUCAAUUACAUUCAUUGGCGUUUUAAAUGCAUGCUGUCAUACUGGUAUGGUAGCUGAAGGGAAACAGCAUUUCGGGUCCAUGAUGAAAGAAUUUGGAAUCCAACCGACAAUUAAGCACUAUGGUUGCAUGGUUGAUCUUCUUGGUCGAGCUGGGUACUUGGAAGAGGUAGAACAGCUUGUCACAAUGAUGCCUAUCAAAGCAGAUAAGGUACUUUGGGGCAGCAUCCUUUCAGCAGCAAGGGCACAAGGUAAUGUAGGAUUAGGAGAGAAAGCUGCAAAAGAAUUGGCAAAGCUCGACCAAACACAUGGUGCAUCCAAAGUAGCGUUGUCUAACAUCUAUGCUGAUGCUGGUCGUUGGACCAACGUUUCAGUUGUUAGGAAGGAACUCCAGGAUGAAAAUUUGGAGAGACAAUCAGGAAGCAGUGGCAUUGUAUAGUUAGGGGAUAAAGUAUUUCUUCAAUUUUAUCUCUAAUGGGCAGCUGAUGAUGGCAGCUAGUUUCUUUUUCUGUUAUUCAUCCUGUUUGCUAAAGACGCUGUGCCCAUUGUUUCUCUUGAAACAAAAAGCAAGACUAAACGUUUAGUGACUGGAAUAUAAACUUGACAGGCUACAUAUUGCCAGAAAACAACUAACGAAGAAGAUUGGCAACGCUUUGUAUGAACUUACUUUGUAAGCAGGACUCCUUUUCAUGGAACAUCAUAGCCAGGAAUUUCUUAUGUUCUUUA